AUGUUCUCCAAGACCUUCAUCGCCGCUCUCUUUGCCAGCUCCGCUGUCGCAUCCCCAGUCGCUGCCCGCUCUGCAAGCGAUGCCUUUGGCCUCAUUUCCAUCAAAUCCGGCUCCAACCUCCAAAACCAAGCCAUCAACGCCUUCCAAGGUGGUCUCUGGAUCGGAAAAGAACCUUCCUCAUACUGCCCACUGACUGAGGGCUGCCCUGACGGAAAAUACACAUCAUUUGUCGCUGGAGCUGACAACACUCUCUUCUUGAACACCGAGGUUCCAGGUGGUCAACAAGUCUACCUUGCAGACAGCUACGCUGUUUCCUAUACCGUUCCUCACUCCGCCGACACCCACGGUGGAAAGGUCUCUGGAUUCACCUACACUGCCGGCGAGGGUAGCAACUUGGGAUCAUUGUCCUUCAGCACCGAGGGAUCCGGAUUUGUUGCUUGCGCCACUGAAGUUGGUGUCUACCAAGUUUUCAUUACCCCCAACGGAGAGGGUACUGGAAACUGCACCGGUAUUGCUGUCGCCACUGUUCCAAACACUGUCGCUGGUCCUUCCGCCUGGGAGUACUAA